CCCAUCGUGAACAGCAGUCUGUCCGUCGUCGUUCUUCUUCCAUCCUCUUUGCAGAACAUCCUAGUGCAUUAGAGGCAAGACAGCUCGACGCUUCCAGCCUUUCGGGAUCCCGUUGUCGAGCUACGACGACGGAGACAGUGGAGACAGAGCGAACGAGCUGCCCAGAUCAUAUCUCCGCAACCAUUGUCUUCUCGCCACACCCGUGCGUGCUACCCGAGUCACUCAUACACACACGCACACUCGGCGCCGCCCACGAUGGUCGCCACGUCGUUCCAGACGGGUAAGAGCCUUGCCAACAACCAAAUGGAGAACAGCCUGACGGCCAUCAUCGAGGACCAUGGCGAGGUCACCACCUUUGAGGACCCAGUCAAGUCCGGUUUCCACAAUGUUGCCCGUGACGCGAGCUCCUGGGCUGGCGGCUCCCUCCCCGCUGCCCAAGGUUUGUACGAUCCAGACAACGAAAAGGACAGCUGCGGUGUCGGAUUCAUGGUCCACAUCAAAGGCAAGCCUUCUCACAAGAUCGUCAACGAUGCAAAGCAGCUGCUUUGCAAUAUGACACACCGUGGUGCCACUGGUGCCGACGCAAGGGACGGAGAUGGCGCGGGCGCUAUGACCGGCAUGCCAGAUGCGUUCUUCAGGCGCGAAGUCGAGCUCGACAUGGGCAUCCAACUCCCUGAGCAGGGGCAGUACGCCGUCGGAAACUUGUUCUUCACCCCUAAGGACGAUAAGGUCCGUGCGCAGCACCAAAAGAUUUUCGAGGACCUCGCCGUCGAGCUCCACCUCCGCGUUCUUGGCUGGCGUGAUGUUCCGGUCGAUAACACUAUCCUCGGCCCUGCAGCUCUCUCCAAGGAGCCAAAGAUUUUGCAACCAUUCGUCGUGCUUGCCGACCACUACGGCAAGGCCUCCAAGUCCUGCGAGAACCCAUCCGCACGCUUCGACAGCCAGUAUUUCAACCGGCAGCUGUACGUCCUGCGCAAGUCCGCUACCCACAAGAUCGGCCUUGCCAACUGGUUCUACAUCUGCUCGUUAAGCCCUUCAAACAUCGUCUACAAGGGCCAGCUGUCGCCGAGGCAGGUGUACGACUACUACUAUGAUCUUGUCAACGCACGGUAUGCCAGCCACUUUGCGCUCGUACACUCUCGUUUCUCCACCAACACAUUCCCCUCGUGGGACAGGGCUCAGCCAAUGAGGUGGGCUGCACACAACGGUGAGAUAAACACCAUCCGCGGCAACAAGAAUUGGAUGCGCGCUCGUGAGGGCCAGCUGCGCUCCGAGACGUUUGCCGACGAGCUGGAUAUGCUAUACCCGAUCAUUGAGUCGGGUGGCUCCGACUCGGCUGCAUUCGACAACGUGCUCGAGCUGCUCGUCGUCAACAACGUCUUGACGCUGCCUCAGGCCGUCAUGCUAAUGAUUCCAGAGGCUUGGCAGGGCAACGAGGCGGAGAUGGAGCCGGAGAAGGUCGCCUUCUAUAAGUGGGCAGCCUGCUUGAUGGAGCCUUGGGACGGUCCCGCGCUCUUUACCUUCUCCGACGGACGCUUUUGCGGUGCCAAUCUGGAUCGCAACGGUCUGCGCCCGUGCCGGUACUUUAUCACGGACGAGGAUAUUAUGAUCUGCGCCUCCGAGGUCGGCACUAUUUACAUCCCCCCCGAAACGGUCCUCUCCAAAGGUCGUCUACAGCCGGGAAAGAUGCUGCUUGUCGACACCGUCGAGGGCCGCGUCGUCGAUGACAAGGAGCUCAAGAUGUCCACCGCCCAGCGCGCAGACUUUGCCGCUUGGCUCGAGGCGCAGCUGCUGCACCUACCUGACAUUGUUAACCACGUCCGCAGGGCCUCUGGCCACUCGAUUGCUCCGACGCUCGACGACUACAAGCUUAGCCAGGACCCUAAGCUUUUGGCGUUCGGUUACACGGUUGAGCAGAUUAACCUGCUUAUGCUUCCCAUGCUUGCCACUGGCAAGGAAGCGCUUGGGUCGAUGGGUAACGACGGUCCACUUGCGUGCUUGGCCGAGGCGCCCCGCCAGAUUUACGACUACUUCCGUCAGCUCUUCGCACAGGUCACCAACCCUCCAAUUGACCCGAUCCGCGAGUCCGUCGUCAUGUCGCUCGAGACGUACGUCGGCCCCGAGGGCAACCUGCUCGAGAUGCGCCCGGAUCAGUGCCACAGGCUGCGUCUGUCAAGCCCGAUGCUCAGCAUCGAUGAGAUGAAUGCGUUGAAGCAGCUCGGCACCGUGCACAAGGACUGGCCUUCGCGCGUCAUCGAUAUCACCUUUGACAAGGGCGAAGUCAUUGACGGCUACGAACGCACGCUUGACCGCAUCUGCACCGAGACCUCGCAGGCGAUCCGCGACGGCAUCCGCGUCGUCAUCCUUUCGGACCGCAAUGUUGGCCGUGACCGCGUCGCGAUCAGCUCGCUCGUCGCCUGCGGUGGCGUGCACCAUCAUCUUAUUCGCAACAAGGAACGCAGCAAGAUCGCCCUCAUGAUCGAGACGGCCGAGGCGCGCGAGGUGCACCACUUCUGCGUCCUCGUCGGCUACGGUGCCGACGCCAUCUGCCCCUGGCUGUCCCAGGAGGCCAUGCUCAAGGUCCACCGUGAGGGCCUGAUCAAGGAGGAUAUCAGCGCGGAGCAGAUCCUUGCGAACUGGAAGACCGCCGUCGACGGCGGUCUCUUAAAGGUCUUCAGCAAAAUGGGUAUUUCGACGCUCGCAUCGUACAAAGGCGCGCAGAUCUUCGAGGCCCUCGGGCUAGACAACUCGGUCAUCGACCGAUGCUUCGUCGGUACCGCUAGCCGCAUCAAGGGCGCCACUUUCGAGCUCAUCGCCAUGGACGCUCUCGAGUUCCACGACCGUGGAUACCCCUCGCGUGAGACCAUCACCGUUCCUGGUCUGCCCGAGUCGGGCGAGUACCAUUGGCGCGACGGUGGUGAGCCCCACGUCAAUGACCCGGUCUCCAUUGCUAACCUGCAGGACGCCACUCGCGAGCGCAACCAGUCCGCCUGGGACGCCUACUCGAAGGCGGCACACAAUUCUGUCAAAGCGACUGCGCUCCGUGGUCUGCUCGACUUUGCCUACGACAAGCGCAGGCCUAUCCCCGUCGACCAAGUCGAGCCAUGGACCGAGAUCGUCCAGCGCUUCUGCACCGGUGCCAUGUCUUACGGCUCCAUCUCCAUGGAGGCCCACUCUGCCCUUGCCAUCGCCAUGAACCGUCUCGGCGGCAAGUCCAACACGGGCGAAGGCGGUGAGGACGCUGAGCGCUCCAUUCCGCUCCCCAACGGCGAUUCGCUGCGCAGCAAAAUUAAGCAGAUCGCCUCGGGCCGCUUCGGUGUCACGAGCAACUACCUUGCGGACGCUGACGAGCUGCAGAUCAAGAUGGCGCAGGGCGCCAAACCUGGUGAGGGUGGCGAGCUCCCGGGCCACAAGGUCUCGUCUUCCAUUGCGCGCACGCGCCACUCGACAGCCGGCGUCGGCCUUAUCUCGCCGCCCCCACACCACGAUAUUUACUCGAUCGAGGACUUGAAGCAGCUGAUCUACGACCUCAAGUGCGCCAACCCGCGCGCACGUGUCAGUGUCAAGCUCGUCUCUGAAGUCGGUGUCGGCAUCGUCGCUGCCGGGGUCGCGAAGGCCAAGGCGGAUCACAUCCUGAUUUCUGGCCAUGAUGGUGGCACAGGUGCCUCGCGCUGGACGGGCAUCAAGUACGCCGGUCUUCCGUGGGAGCUCGGCCUCGCCGAGACGCACCAGACGCUCGUGCUGAACGACCUGCGUGGACGUGUUACUGUCCAGACGGACGGUCAAAUCAGAACCGGUCGCGACGUCGCUAUCGCAACGCUGCUCGGCGCUGAAGAGUUCGGCUUUGCGACCACCCCUCUGAUCGCAAUGGGCUGCAUAAUGAUGAGAAAAUGCCAUUUGAACACUUGCCCUGUUGGAAUUGCCACGCAAGACCCUGAAUUGAGGGAGAAGUUCGCUGGCCAACCGGAGCAUGUUGUCAACUUUUUCUACUACCUUGCCGAGGAACUGCGUUCCAUCAUGGCCAAGCUCGGCAUGCGCACAAUCAAUGAGAUGGUCGGCCGCUCGGACUUGCUUCGUGUCGAUGACACCCUUCGCACCCCCAAGACUCGCAACCUUGACUUGAGCGCUAUCCUCAAGCCGGCUCACGAGAUGCGUCCUGGUGCCGCCACCUACAAGGUCCGCCAGCAGGAUCACCGCCUCUACGUCCGUCUCGACAACAAGUUCAUCUCCGAGGCUGAGCCUGCACUCAUGGAGGGUCUUCCUGUCCAGAUCGAGUGUGAUGUUGUCAACACCGACCGUGCCCUUUGUGCAACUCUGUCUUACCGUGUGUCCAAGCUAUACGGUGAGGAGGGUCUGCCCCGUGACACGAUCCACAUCAACGCCAAGGGCUCCGCCGGCCAGUCAUGCGGUGCUUUCCUCGCACCCGGCAUCACAUUCGAGCUCGAGGGUGACGCCAACGACUACGUGGGCAAAGGCAUGAGCGGUGGUCGCUUGAUUGUCUACCCACCCAAGAAUUCUAGUUUCAAGGCCGAGGAAAACAUUAUCGUCGGUAACGUGUGCUUGUACGGUGCUACCAGCGGAAAUGCCUACUUCCGUGGUAUCUCCGCUGAACGUUUCGCCGUGCGCAACUCGGGUGCACAUGCCGUUGUUGAAGGUGUUGGCGACCAUGGUUGCGAGUACAUGACCGGUGGUCGCGUUGUCAUUCUCGGCAGUACGGGUCGCAACUUUGCUGCUGGUAUGUCUGGUGGCAUCGCCUACGUUCUCGACAUGAACCGCGACUUUGUCCACAAGUGCAACACCGAGAUGGUUGAACUUGGCCAGGUUAAGGACCCGCACGAGAUUGCAGAGCUCCGCAACCUGAUCGAGAAUCACCGUCACUACACUGGCUCAACGAUUGCGGAUCACGUCAUCAAGGAGUUCCACCACCUUCUACCACGCUUCGUUCGUGUCAUGCCGCUGGAUUACAAGCGUGUUCUGGAGGAGGAGGCAGCCAAGGCGGCUGCUGAGAAGAAGCGCUCCAGCCACGUUGACCUGCUGGGCACGCUUUCUCGCCACGGCAGCCAGGUCAGCCUGGGUGGUGAGGAGGAGUCCAAGAAGGAUCACCCGGUAGCUGAGCCAAAGGAGGUGGACAUUGAAGACGCUAUGGUCGACGAGGAAGCCGCUAAGGCACGUCUUGCGAAACUCGACAAAACCCGUGGCUUCAUGAAGUACAAGCGCCUCGGCGAACACUACCGCAACCCAACCAAGCGUGUCAAGGACUUCAAGGAGCUCUCCAACCGUCUCUCUGACGCUGAGCUCAAGUAUCAGACCGCACGCUGCAUGGACUGCGGUGUUCCUUUCUGCCAGUCUGACACUGGUUGCCCGAUCUCGAACGUCAUUCCCAAGUGGAACGACCUGGUCUUCAAGGGUCAGUGGGAGGAUGCAUACCACCGCCUCAUGAUGACCAACAACUUCCCAGAGUUCACUGGACGAGUGUGCCCAGCGCCAUGCGAGGGUGCAUGCGUUCUUGGCAUCACCGAAUCGCCGGUGGGCAUCAAGAGCGUCGAGCGAGCAAUCAUCGACAAAGCCUGGGAACUUGGUUACGUCAAGCCGCAGCCGCCGGCACACCGCACUGGCAAAACUGUUGCCAUUAUUGGCUCUGGCCCUGCAGGGCUGGCUUGCGCUGACCAACUGAACAAGGCUGGUCACUCUGUCACGGUCUACGAACGUGCUGACCGUCCAGGAGGACUGCUCGAGUACGGCAUCCCCAACAUGAAGUUGGACAAGGACGUUGUUGCUCGGCGCAUUAAGCUGAUGGAAGAGGAGGGUAUCCGCAUCGAGUGCGGUGUCGAGGUUGGCCGCGACAUUGACGCUGCUGACCUUAGGGAGCAGUACGACGCAGUCACCUUCGCCACUGGUGCCACCUGGCCGCGCGACCUGAAGAUCGAGGGUCGCGAGGCUGACGGCGUCCACUUUGCGAUGGACUUCCUGGGCGCAAACACAAAGAGCCUGCUCGACUCCGGCCUUCAGGACGACAACUACAUCAGCGCACACGGCAAGCACGUCAUCGUCAUCGGUGGCGGUGACACGGGUAAUGACUGUAUCGGUACUUCGGUGCGUCACGGGGCCGCCUCCGUUACUAACUUUGAGCUGCUGCCGCAACCGCCCGAGGGACGUACACGCGACAACCCAUGGCCACAGUGGCCGCGCAUCUUCCGCACUGACUACGGUCACACAGAGGUUGCCGAGCACUUCGGCAGCGACCCGCGCACUUACCAGAUCUCGACGACCAAGUUCGAGAAGGACGAGACCGGUAAACUUGUGGCCCUCCACACCGUGCAGGUUGCUUGGGAGAAGGACGCCUCAGGCAAGUGGCAGAUGAACAAGGUACCUGGCUCGGAGAAGAGGUGGCCAUGCGACUUGUGCUUGCUCGCGCUUGGGUUCCUUGGCCCCGAGAAUGAGGCGCUUAAGAGCUUGGGCAUCGAGCAAGACGCCCGCUCCAACAUCAAGGCGGGAGACAAGGACAGCAAGGCUCCAUACAAGACAAACCAGGCUGGCGCUUGGGCUUGCGGAGAUGCCCGUCGAGGACAGUCGUUGAUCGUCUGGGCCAUUGCGGAGGGUCGGGCAUGCGCUGCUUCCAUCGACAUUGAGUUGACUGGCGGCUCGCGAUUGGCUUGGGCAGGGGGUAUUCCCCAUAGGCAUUACGCGCCUGGCAAGGUCCAUAGCAGCCUCGCCGUUGCCGCUUGAUCGAGCUAGACUCGCGGCAAAGCAUCUUACCAGCACUCGCACAAAAAAGCAAAGCAGAGCACAAAAGCAAAAGCGCAUGCAUGCAUCAUACCACGACCCAAACUUUAGAUGUCAACACGAUUGCACAAGCAACGACAACUUCAUAAAAAGCUUCAGAAAGACCCAGCCGCUGAGGAAGAGCAGGAAGAGAAAAAUUAUGAUCACAAUUUCUUCCACUGUUCCCUCUUACUUCCCGCCACACACAGCUCAUGAUCGGAAGGACCCAUGAAGUCCAUCCUCAAUGUGCUAGCGCCUGGUGGGGAAACGUGUGAAUACAAGUUCAACACAAUGUAAAUAUCUUAUAGAAGAAAUCGCCAAUCAUCAAUCCUCAUC